CCCCCCCCCUCCCCUCCUCGCUCUGUCAGUCGACUGUUUUCUGUCUGUCGCUGUAUGUGUGUGUGUGUAUAUGUGUGUCUGUUAGCUAGCUGUUAGCUAUCGUCACUACCAACCGCAGUUAACUACGCGACCAUGGCGGACACAGCCAGGGACCCUCCACCGCAGCACACCGACUUCCAUGAGCUUGAGGACGGGGAGGACCUGUUCCCGGAGCCGGCUGCCACACUAGAGUCAGAACCAGCCAGUCUACCUGCUGAGGACAUAAGCACCAACUCAAACGGACCAAAACAGGAUUCACUGUUCGAUGAUGAUCCAGAGGACCUGUUUGCAGAGGCCACAGAGGAGGUUUCGUUGGACAGUCCAGAGAGAGACGUCCUGCUGUCUGACGGCCCGUCGCCCGCCAUCACGCCCAUCACCCCUCCCACCUCCGUCCUCACCCCUCGCAUCGGCCUUCACGACGACAUGUUCACACACUCCUCCUUCGACGAGAUUGAAGAGGAGGAGGGCGGCGAUUCAUUCGACAUUCACAUAUCAGUGUCUGACCCUGAGAAAGUGGGUGAGUACACACCGAUCCCCUGUAGUCCUGGAGUAUCCUGGAGUAUCCUGGAGCAAUGGAUGACCAAGGUGAAGGUGGGGAAGGAGGACCAGUCGUCCAACGAGUUUGUGGAGAAGAGGCGGUCGGCACUUGAGAGGUAUUUGAUGAGAACAGUGAAGCUUCCCGUCCUGCUGAAGGAUCCUGACGUCCUGCUGUUUCUGGAGAGCUCAGAGUUGCCACGUGCGGUCAGCACUCAGGCUCUGAGCAGCGCCGGACUUCUCCGGAUGGUCAACAAGGCCGCCGAAGCCGUCAACAAGAUGACCAUCAAGAUGAACGAGUCAGACGCUUGGUUUGAGGAGAAGCAGCAGCAUUUUGAGAAUCUGGAUGUUCAGCUGAGGAAACUUCAUGCCAGCAUGGAGUCCCUGGUCCUUCACAGGAAAGAGCUGUCGGUGAACACGGCGCAGUUCGCCAAGUCGGCGGCCAUGUUGGGGAACAGCGAGGACCACACGGCUCUGUCCCGAGCUCUGUCCCAGCUGGCCGAGGUGGAGGAGAAGAUCGACCAGCUUCACCAGGACCAGGCCAACGCAGACUUCUACCUGUUCUCCGAGUUACUGGGCGACUACGUCCGCCUCAUCACCGCCGUAAAGGGUGUGUUUGACCACCGUAUGAAGACGUGGCAGAAGUGGCAGGACAGUCAGAUGCUCCUGCAGAAGAAACGAGAAGCUGAAGCCAAACUGCAGUUCAACAACAAACCAGACAAACUGCAGCAGGCCAAAGACGAGAUCAAAGAGGAGAUUGAGGAGCUGGAGGGGAAGGUCGAGCAGGGAGAGAGAGAAUUUGAACAAAUCUCAAAAACUAUACGCAAAGAAGUCAGCAGGUUUGAGAAAGAGAGAGUGAAGGACUUUAAAACGAUCAUUAUUAAAUACCUGGAGUCACUGGUUCAAACACAACAGCAGCUGAUAAAAUACUGGGAUGCCUUCUUACCCGAGGCCAAGGCCAUCUCAUAGAGUUCACACAAACACAACAGACAGUCCUGACUGGCUCCGAUCAAACUACACUACCCAUAAUGCACCGGUCCUCCUACACCUGUUUAUCCCCAGAGUGAAGAAGAGAAGUGAAGGCAGCGAAUCAGCUCCAAGUGACUUUUCUGCAGUUAAAAAAAAAAUCAACAUCAAACCUCUCUUUGAAUUUACACUUCUUCAUCUUUUAUUCCUCUUUUUUUUCUCUGCUGAACUCAGUGUUGCGUUCACGUCCUGUCAGAGUAAUUGUUCUCUUGAUUGAUGCUUUUACAAUAAUAAUGUAAUGUUCACAACAGUCUUGCACUUCUCAAACUAUCUCCUUCUAAGUGUUAUCGGAAUUCAGCAACAUUCAAAAUCGGAGUUCCUGUAUGGGAUUUUGUUUAUAUAAACAUUAAACCUGCAAUGUUAUUUUUAAGCCUGAAGCUCAUAUUCCCGUACGACAUGAACGCAGCAUGAGUUAUGACCCUGGUGAUGGCUUUCCUCUUCAAACUUCUAACAUGGUGUCUGUUUUUUUUUUUUUUUUUUCUUCUUCACCAGACACAAAUGGAAUGGGUGAGUGGAGACGUGGGUGGAGGAGUCUCACUUUGUACUUUAUUUUUAAUGAUUAACCUCUAUGUUCCUCAACAAAGACAUAUAUCCACAUUCUAAGGUAAAGGAAUUGUAGUUCUUUCCUAACGAGGACUUGAACUUUUGACUUUUUAUUUCAACGGAGCAGACUUUAUUUCAGCUCAGUGUCUCUGUCUUUGAAACUAGGAAUGUGAAAAAGUUUAUCCAUAUUUUAUCCGUAAAUAACAUUUUAACAUUAUAGCAUUUUUAUCCAGCCUUAUUAGUUGUAAUGCUACUAUCAGCAGGUAAACAUGGGGACCACUAACACUCCCAAAACAAACCUUUUAAGUUCGACUAUCUGAGGUUUCGUCUUAGAGUUCGGAACGCGAGCUGUGAAACUGAUCCGGAGUCAGUGAUGAAGGACGACAUCCUCUUUGUUAUUUUGUGUAUUGUACUUCCUGUCACCUCACUCACUUCCCCCUCACUUGCAUUGCAAAACAAGAGCCCCUGUUUUUGUUGCUGUAUGAUCGCAAGUGAAGGCAACAUUUUCUCGUUUACUGCCCUCUUUGAGCCAAUGAGAGCAGAGGAGGAAGACUCUCGCUUCUCAGUUCAGUUCCCUGCUGCUGUCUCAUAAACAUCGGCAAACUCAGAAAAGUAAUUUCUUUGUUGUUGUUUUUACAUUUGUCUUCUACCUUGAAAAGCUUAAUUAUUACCCAUAGUUAAUGUGAGUUGAAGGAUUCCCUGUUGAAGGAGACUGAACUAGAGCCAGAAGUGAGAGCGUCGGAGUAUUUUCAGGUGUGGAGGAAGUGAGUGAUUGUCGGGUGACAGUGUGUGUCCGUCCAGAGAGCAGCCUCAGACGGUUUCUCUUCCUAUUGAUCAGUGUGAAGGCUGCAGUUAGAAAUAUUGAACUUCUUGAUUUUUAUUUUGUUGGAUUUAAAGCACACUUCGUUAUCAGAAUAAAAUCUGGCAUCCUGAAUCUAUCAGAGAAGCUACAAAUCUCAUAUUAAAGAUGAAAUCAAAACUGGAGUUUUCGUUCAUCCUCAUCCCCCACUACUCCUUAAUCGUAAAUCAUAAAUUACUGUAAUGAUUGCUACAUUUUUGUAUUUUAUUCCAUGUUUUAUUCCACAUUUUCUUGCCGCCUAAAUGAUGUGCAGUGGUUGAGAACGUUCAGUUGAUUUUAUUUUUUGUUGUUUUCACAAAUGAUGAUGAAAUUCUUUAAUUGAGCAGAUCUUUUUUUUUUUUUUUUUUUUUAAAGUCUUUUGGUUUUGACAUGGCAUUCCUGCAGCGCAGACGUUUCAGAACUUUAAUUACAAUAAAGGAAUGUAUCUCA